UCUAACAUAUGGUCCUCUAAAGUAAUACUCAUGAUAACACUUAUUACACAAGGUCUUAAACAUGUGGUUGACGUGUUCGCCCAUAUUUGAUACCAUGACCUUCUUAUACAGGGCAAACUCUUUAUUGGACUAUCUUAAACUGGAAAAAAAUGGCGAAGGUGAUACGCGAUCCUGCCAUUGGUGAGCUGUACAAAAUAAAAGAACUAUGCGCAGAAAAGGGAGUUGAUGCGGACAUACAGAAAAGACUGAGUGAUGCAAUAACUCUUGCAGAGGCGAGAGAUGCUUACUGUGCAAGUGUAAGUUCAGAACCGAGCGAUGCUUUGGCAACGCUACAGAGAGAGACACUAGAGUACCCUUUCGAUCAAGUAUAUAAAGACGGGAAGACAAAGUGGAAACUUAAUCCGAGGAUGAUGUCUGGGCACUUUGAAGGUAAAUUCUUGCAAAGCAUUGUAAGUAUGUCAAAAGCAAAAAGAGUUUUGGAAAUUGGUAUGUUUACUGGAUAUGCAGCUUUAGCAUGCGCGGAAGCCCUUCCCGAAGAUGGGACUGUGACAACAUUGGAAUUUGAUCCAUUCCUAGAGGAGGUGGCUAAAGGCUUUUUUGCCAAAUCCCCAUGCGGAAAGAAAAUUUCUAUUCGAAUAGGAGACGCUAAAGAAACCUUACUGAAACUAGCGGAGGAAAAGGCUCAGUAUGAUGUUGUCUUUAUUGAUGCUAAUAAGGAUGGUUAUCUUAACUAUUUUAAGACAGUUAUUGAGAAAGAUCUUCUCGCCAAGGGAGGAACAGUGGUUUUUGAUAAUGCACUGAUGUAUGGCGGCGCCUAUAAUAUGAAAUCAACCAAUGAACAUGCACUUGAUAUCAGAAAAUGUAAUGAAUAUGUGAAGUCAAGAGAUGAUAUGUUUCAGGUUCUUGUCCCUAUCAGAGACGGCGCAUUGAUUGUGAGACGUAAAGAAGACGUCUUCCUAUAGAAACAUACAAGAUGUUAGUUGCAAAUGCAGUUCGAUUAACUGCAAAAACCGUUGCACAAAUUGAGGGACAAGGCAAUAAUUUAUAUUUGAUUUUUAGCUCACCUGAGCAAUGCUCAGGUGAGUUUUUCUGAUCACUUUCUGAUCACUCGAUGUCCGGCGUGCGUCGUCUGUCGUCUGUAUGUCGUCUGUCUGUCUGUCAACAUUUAGCUUGUGUAUGCGAUAGAGGCUGUAUUUUUCAACUGAUCUUCAUGAAAUUUGGUCAGAAUGAUAACCUAGAUAAAAUCUAGGCCGAGUUUGAAAAUGGGUCAUCUGGGUCAAUAACUAGGUCACUAGGUCAAAUUAAAGAAAACCCUUGUGUAUGCGAUAGAGGCUGUAUUUUUCAAUUAAUCUGCAUGAAUUAUGGUCAGAAUGAUAACCUUGAUAAAAUCUAGGCCGAGUUUAACAAUGGAACAUCUAGGAUUAAAAACUAGGUCACUAGGUCAAAUCAAAGAAAAACCUAGUGUAUGCGAUAGAGGCUGUAUUUUUCAAUUAAUCUUCAUGAAUUUUGGUCAGAAUGAUUGCCUUGAUGAAAUCUAGGAUAGUUUUGAAUAUGGGUCAUCUAGGGUUAAAAAGUAGGUCAUUAGGUCAAAUCAAAGAAAAACUUUGUGUAUGCGAUAGAUGCUAUAUUUUUUAAUUGAUCUUCAUGAAAUUAAGUCAGAAUGAUUGCUUUGAUGAAAUCUAGGUCAAAUUCGAAUAUGUUUCAUCUUGGAUCAAAAAUUAGGUCACUAGGUCAAAUCAAAGAAAAACCUCGUGUAUGUGAUAGAGGCUGUAUUUUUCAAUUGAUCUUCAUGAAAUUUUGUCAGAAUGAUAGCCUUGAUAAAAUCUAGGUCAAGUUCGAAUAUGGAUCAUCUUGGUUCAAAAACUAGGUCACUAGGUCAAAUCAAAGAAAAACCUUGUGUAUGCGAUAGAGGCUGUAUUUUUCAAUUGAUCUUCAUGAAAUUUGGUCAGAAUGAUAGCCUUGAUGAAAUCUAGGUCAAAUUCGAAAAUGGGUCAUCUGAGAUCAAAAACUAGGUCACUAGGUCAAAUCAAAGAAAAUACUUGUUUUUGCUGCAAUUUUAAUGAUAAUUGGUCAGAAUAUUUUUUCCAUGAAAUCACUAGGUCAAACAUGUUUACACUGUUAUGGUGUAAUAUGGUGUGUUUCUCAGGUGAGCGACCUAGGGCCAUCUUGGCCCUCUUGUUUAUAAUAAGCUAUGUUAUAUACUGCUUUGCAAAAAGAAUAUGAAAUUAAAAUGUAAUAAGGUUUUAAUCUGUUAUUUUCUUUAUUAUUUGAGUAAUUUUCAAUUUCCCGAUAAGUAAAUACACUGUCGUUCCAUUACUAUGGAGGUAUUGUCACUAACUCCUGAUACGC